GCAACUGACUGCUUUGGGAAGAAUCAUGCUCCACUCAGGCAGGGCAUGUCCUGCAGCCGGACCCCCCAGCGAGGUCUCCACUGCAGCAGUCUACGCAGUUAUAUGGUUUACAGUGUGUGUGUGUGUGAGCGAGAGAUGUGUUCGUAAGGCUGGGCAGCACUAUCUUUUCCUACUGCAUUCCUUUAGCAUCAAAGAAGCAAAGACUUUUUUCAUUCUUGCUCUGCCCACAAGACUGGGAAGAUUGCAGUAGCUCAUAUAUGAGUGAAUGAGAGUAGAAAAUACCACAGUAUGCACGGUGGUGGUAUUCAUCCAUCUUUAUGCUGCAGCGGGCAAAAUGCAGAGUGUAUUAUGAUCCGAGUGUACACUAUUAACUUCCUCUCUUUGCUGUCGCACGCUGAAGCCCGUGACUCCCUGUCUGUCUGGGUCUUCUGUCGCUCUCAGAUUGUCACAGUGGAUGUAGGGGAGAUGCAGGUGCAGGUGAAGGUUCUGUGCCCGGCUGAGGGCGAAGGGGCCAAGCCGAAGGAUUGUCCUCCCUCACCUGAAAAGCUAGUCAAGGUGCAGCGUGACAGGCAAUUUGUGGCUCAGGUGAUCAGCGAUGUGGCAGAGGAGCUGCGGGAAUCUGGAACAUUCCACACGCUGCUAGAGACUGUGGGAAGAGAGAGGAAGAAGGCAGCUCACCUUCAGGACCUCAUCCGCAGGGAGGAGGAAGGCAGGGGCAAGAUGAAAGCCCUUCAGAGACAAUUGCUGGACAUCCGCAAGGAGAAAGCACUGGAACUGCAGAAGCGAGAGGAGAUGAUCGCGCAUUUGAAGGACCAGCUGCAACAGAUGAAGGCUAAGACGACCCUGGAGAAGAAGUAUGUGAAAAACAGCUCGGAGCUGAUGGUGUAUCAGGGGCAAAAGUUCAACGCACACAAGGAAAAGCAGCUGGAGGAUGAUAUUAAGCACCUCCAAGAAAAGAUAAAAGAGGAGAAGCGAGUCCACAAGGAGAUGGAGGGCUUUCUGAAGGAGCACCAGACACAACUGGUACAGAAGCUGGAGAUGUGGAUGGAACGCUAUGACACUGAGACGGACAUCAAGCAGAAAGAGCUCAACAGUCUGAAGACCAAUAAGGCCAACAAUCUGGCGUAUUUUCAGGAGCUAUGUAAGACGUACCAGGAGAGCGAACAGGUGGUGAUCACUGACCGGCUAGAGAAGGAGGAACAGCGCAGGUUGCAGGAGAAGGAGGAGCGGGAGAGAAAGGCCGCUGUGAAGAUCCAGGCAUGGUGGCGGGGUACCUGUGUGCGUCAAGGCCUGGGGCCCUACGGUAAGGGCACCAAGGGCCCCAAGGGCAGCAAGGGCAGCAAGGACAAGAAGACCAAGGAGGCUAAAAAGGAAAAGAAGAAAUGAGCAGAUGACUCUUUCUCAAGUGCAGGAACAGAAUGUCGAUCGCACACACACACAGA